AUGGACUGCCUCACAGCCCUGAUUUGGGCCUACGCCACCAUGGCCAGAAUGAGGACAAAGAGCCCUGAUGAAAUCAGCCUCGACUGGGAAGCAAGACUCUUGACGCCCGUCAACUGGAGAGGACGCGCCUUCCACCACGAAACAGUAAAUUUCUUUGGCAACACCACGGCCUACCUCGUCACAAGGGUUCCGCUAAAAGAGGUCAUGGACGCUGCUGAAAACAUAGAUCUUCUAGCCCACUUGGCCAGCUCCAUCAAUGCCAUGGUCGAAGCCGUGGACGAGGACUUCGUCGCCACGCAAACGGCUCUCAUGUGCGCCUGUCCGGACCUACGAUACCUAUGCACCAACAUCUGCCUAGAGCACCCGACAGGCUUUAGCGUCGAUUCCUGGAGGACCAUCGGAGUGGACCUCACAUGGGAUAUUCCAGGGGUCCCGACGACAAUGGCAGAUGUUGUGCGCCCAGUAAACGCUACGACCAGGGAGGGUACGGCGUUGAUCUUGCCGAACAACGACUUGGGGUCAAAUUACCAAGUGUCGGUGUCACUCCAACCACAGGCUAUGGAUAUUCUUUGUAACGAUAAGCGUUGGAUGCAAUGGUUCUAUGGCGUUGUUAGAUAG